UUCAUUUCGAUAGAAUCGCAUGGGCAAUAAUGGUGGUCUCAUCCCUGUGCAUUGCAAUCGGAAUGCUGAAAGUUACUCUGAAUUAUUACCAGCAACAUUUAGUUCUCUCGGUCAUCGAAACGACCCAUCAUGGAAUAUGGAAUUAUCCGUUUCCAGCGGUUACGGUAUGCGAUAUGAAUCCCGUAUCUCUUCAAUUAACAAAAAAAUUCACCGACAACUUGACAUUUCCAUCGAGUCUGUCGAAGGAAUUUAUAGCUCGAGAAAUGAGAUUACUGAACGAAUUAUUAUAUCCUGGUAUAUACGGAUCACACGUUCGAAAUAAUCUUUCACGAUUGCAGAACAUUUUUGACAUGAAUAAGCUUUCAAUACCAACGAUCAUGAACUCGGUUACGCGAAAUUGUCAAAGUUUGUUGGAAUCGUGUAAGUGGAAAUCGAAGAUUGAAAACUGCAAUACCAUAUUUCGAUCAAGUAUCAGCCGUGAUGGAUUAUGUUGCAGCUUUAAUUAUAUUACUUACGAUUCGAUUAUGGAAAAUCCAAAUAUAAAACCACAUAAAAUGACAUCGUGUGGAUAUCAGAGUGGACUCAAUAUAUUGCUUAAUCUGGAUGUCGAAAAUAAUAAUGCCGAUAUUAUGGAAUCUACGGAAAUAAAGGUCAUGCUACACGAUCCUUACGAUUAUCCUGAUCAUAAUGCACCGAGUAAAUUGAUAAGCACCCAUGAAUAUUCGUUUUUGACUGUCCAACCUGUAGAAACUUAUUCGACCCUUGAUAUCAGAAAGCUAAAAUCCACCAUGAGAGAAUGCAUAUUUUAUGAUGAAGCAAAUACAAUGAUUGGUAACGAUUGGAACAGAAAUUUCGUCCCCGCAAGAUAUUCAUUCAUAAAUUGUCUAACGAACUGUCGAACAACUGUAAUUAAGAAAAAAUGUGGAUGCAUUCCAUAUUAUUAUCCGCAAAAUGAUACCAGAGUAUGCAAUUUAAGAGAUGUCGAAUGCCUAGAAACGUUUAAAUUUUGGUAUGAUACCUCUUGGCCAGGAACAGAUAUGUCGCCCAAAACUUUACAGCUUGUAGAAUUGGAUACUAAAGAAAGACCUUGUAAUUGUAAACCUGAUUGUAAUUUUUAUCGUUAUAUCAUGGAGAAUUCAGCAGGAAAUCUUGAUAAACGCGUUUAUUAUGAUGGUCUAACUUACACUACUUAUUCUAGCGGAGGUAAAACCUGGAAAAAUCAAAGUAUAAUUCAUAUAUUUUUUGGAGAUCUAGUAUCUAUUCAAUACCGACGGGAUAUGCAUUAUAGUUGGCGUCAUUUAUUCGCAACAUUUGGUGGUCUCUUAGGAGUCUUUGCUGGUUUUAGUUUCAUGUCUAUUUUUGAAAUUAUUUAUUUUUUUAUUAUUCGGGUUUUAACCGAUGCAUGUGUAAAAAGAAACACAAGAAACAAGUCAAACUAAAUAUCGACAAUUUUUUAGGUCAUGCAAGAUAUUAGGUUAUUAAGUAAACGUCAUUUUUUCUUUUUUUAUAAAAUAUAUAUAUAUAUAUAUAUAGAAUAUAUUAUUUUAUUGUUCUAUUUUAUUGGUUUUGUACAUUGAAGGCAAUAAUAUUGUCUUUCCUUUUUU